AUGGUGUUCGAGCCGCCGCCGCUGCGUCGCGACGCGGGCGGCAACUCGCUGCACUUCACGCAGCAGCCGACGACGCAGUCGCCCGCGCACCACGACGCGCUGCCGGUCACGGAUCCUCACGCCGCGUCCCCGCGCUGCUACUCGCCGUACGGGGCCACGCGCGUGUCCAUGGAGUCGUGGGGCUCGCACAGGGACACCAGCGACCCGCUCAACGGCUGGGAGCGCGGCGUGACGGACGCGCUGCAGGCCGCGCCCUGUGUAGCCAUCGCCGUGCUGGUGAACCUCAUGAUCUGCGUCCCGUUCGGGCUGUCCUUCUUCCCCGUCGAGUGGAACGACAUCCCCGUGCCGCACGCGCUGGGCAUUCAGAUGUUCCUACUGUCGUCCACGAUCUGCCAGUUCACGUUCGUGUGGCUCAGCAACUUCGACGGCGCGAUCUGUCAGAUGAUGGUGGAGAACGUGCCGUUCAUGCACACCAUUUCCAUCGCGAUUAUCCAAGAAUUGGGCCCCAAGAACCCGAGCGUGCUGCCCACGAUCCUGGUGACCUACGCGCUCUCGUCGGUGGUGUGCGGCGCGCUGUUCUACGUGUUGGGACACUGGAAGCUCGGCAACAUCGUGUACCUCUUCCCCAAGCACAUUAUCGUCGGCGCUGUUGGUGGUAUUGGCGCGUUCGUGCUGCAGAGCGGCAUUGAGAACGCUACGGGCCAUGCCUUUGACUGGUCGUGGGGCGGCGUCAAGGGACUCUUCGAUGAGGAGAUCGUGUGGCUCUGGGUCAGCUCCGCCUUGCUGGCGCUCACGCUGUGGGUGCUUGCGCGCCACAUCAAGUCGCCGCUGUUUCCUCCGCUCUUCUUCGUGUCGAUUCCACCGCUGUUUUACGUGGUGCUACUGCUGCUCGGUAUCUCGGCGGACACUGCGCGUGAGCAUGGCUGGUUCUUCAACCGCGCACCGGACGUCGCCUUCUACUCGCUGUGGGAACAGUAUGACUUCUCACUCGUGGCCUGGCACGUUAUCCCCAAGCAGUUCGGCACGAUCGUUGGCCUCACGUUCUUCUCGCUCAUGCACGUGCCGAUUAACAUCCCGUCGCUCAGUCUCACUACGGACAAGGAGGUGGAUAUCAACGACGAGCUCGUUGCACAUGGUAUCUCCAACACCCUUAGCGGAGUCUGUGGAACUGUGCAAAACUACCUGUGCUACUCUACAUCGGCGCUUUAUUACAAAUGUGGAGGCGGCGGUCGUCGCAGUGGCUUCGUAAUCGGAUUCAUCAUGGGGUUCUUCUUCUUUGUUGGGCCCAACGCUGUGUCCUACAUCCCGCGUUGCAUGGCAGGCUGCGUGAUGAUGCACCUUGGCUGGGACUUGCUUCGUGAAGCACUCAUUGACACGUACGACCAGUUGGAUGCCUUGGAGCUUGGCACGGUGUGGGCUAUCGCUGGAACGAUGACGUUCUGGGGCAUGAACCAGGGCCUGGCCGUCGGAGCGUUGCUGGCCUGCAUGACUUUCGUGAUGCAGAGUGCUCGCACACCGACGAACGCUCCGAUCCGUGGCAGCAUGAGUGCCGCCACUCUUCGCAGUCAUGCUUGGCGCACGACUGAUGAACUCGAUGUGCUGGACCGCGAGUGCCGCAACAUCCACGUGGUGCAGUUGAAGGGCCACCUAUUCUUCGGCAACAUCAACCAGCUCAGCGAUUACGUGCGUGAGCUCUUUGAGGAGGGCGCGGAUUGCACGAGUAGCCGAAUCGAGUCGCCGCUUGAAAGCGUGCUGAGUGAAGACGUCCGUCCGCGACCGGAUAUCCGCUGGCUUGUGCUCGACUUCACGCUGGUUGUGGGAUUGGAUUCCUCCGCUGCAGACCGAUUGACCAAGAUCAAGUACGCGUGCGAUGCGCAUAGUUGCAAGAUUGUGUUCGCCGCUGUACCCCCUGCAUACGUGAAGUUCACGGAGCACUUGAUCGAGCUCUUCGGCGACAACCGCAUGCUCCACAUCGCGUCGGAUCUGGAUGGCGCGCUUGAAUGGUGCGAGAACGACAUCCUGGGCAAGAACGUUUCUGCCAAGAGCGGGUCUCCUGCGAGCACUUGCGCCGCUGACGAGGACGAGUUCACGCACUUGCGUAACCUGCGACGAUUUAUGCCGGAUCAACCUCUUGCAGUGCAGCAGCGUCUCCUGGACUACUUCCACAUCCAAGAAAUUGAAAAGGACGAAGUCGUGUGGAGACAAGGUGACACCCCUGACCGCGCGCUGCUGCUUGUCGAUGGAGCUCUCACCGCCGUGGUCGAGGAAGAGGCUGGUACAACUGAAGAAGUCUCUGUUGGCUCAGUCGUGGGUGAGAUGUGCUUUCUGACGGGUGAGAAACGGAAAACAUCUCUCAUCGCGACAAAGCGCAGCGUGGUGUACGUCUUGGACCGCAAAAGCUUUGCCGAAAUGCUAGAAAAGGACUGCUACCUGGCCUUCCUCUUCCAGGGCAUCUCGCUACGCUACACAUCCUACCGAUUACAGUACGUGGGCAACCGCAUCUGGGAAACCAAGUGUCUCCCGAUCUAA